AUGUUGUACCUGGAGACGGGCUCCACCACGGCCUACAGUGAGUCGCAGUACACGAACCUGGGUCUCCUGAACAGCAUGGAUCAGAGCAUCCAGAACGGAGGCUCCACCUCCACCAGCCCCUACAACAACGAUCACUCCCAGAACAACGUGGCGGCGCCCUCACCCUACUCCCAGCCCAGCUCCACCUUCGACGCCCUCUCCCCCUCCCCCGCCAUCCCCUCCAACACAGACUACGCCGGGACACACACCUUCGACGUGUCCUUCCAGCAGUCCAGCACCGCAAAGUCUGCCACCUGGACGUACUCAACAGAGCUGAAGAAGUUGUACUGUCAGAUCGCCAAGACGUGUCCGAUCCAGAUCAAAGUGCUGACCAACCCCCCGCAGGGCGCCGUCAUCAGAGCCAUGCCCGUCUACAAGAAGGCGGAGCACGUGACGGAGGUCGUGAAGCGCUGCCCCAACCACGAGCUCAGCCGCGAGUUCAACGACGGUCAGAUCGCUCCUCCCAGCCACCUGAUCCGGGUGGAGGGGAACAACCACGCUCAGUACCUGGAGGACUCCAUCACCGGGAGGCAGAGCGUGUUUGUCCCAUACGAACCUCCACAGGUGGGCACAGAAUUCACCACAAUUUUGUACAACUUCAUGUGCAACUCAAGCUGCGUGGGGGGGAUGAACCGACGCCCGAUCCUCAUCAUCGUGACUCUGGAGACCCGAGAUGGUCAGGUGUUAGGCCGCCGCUGCUUCGAGGCCCGGAUCUGCGCCUGCCCGGGUCGAGACAGGAAGGCGGACGAGGACAGCAUCCGCAAGCAGCACGUGACGGACGGCUCCAAGAGCGGAGACGCUUACCGCCAAGUUUCCCACGGCAUCCAGAUGUCCACCAUCAAGAAGAGGAGAUCCACAGACGAGGAGGUGUUCUGUUUGCCUAUCAAAGGCCGUGAAAUUUAUGAGAUUUUGGUAAAAAUCAAGGAGUCUCUGGAGCUGAUGCAGUAUCUGCCUCAACACACCAUCGAGUCGUACCGGCAGCAGCAGCAGAACCUCCUCCAGAAACAGACCUCCAUGCCCUCGCAGCAGUCGUACGGCUCCUGCUCCCCCCCCCACGGGAAAAUGAACAAGCUGCCGUCCGUCAGUCAGCUGAUCAACCCGCAGCAGAGGAACACCCUCACCCCCUCUGGCAUGGGCGGGGGUCUCACCGACAUGACUCCCAUGAUGGGCUCUCACCUCCCCAUGAAUGACUUGAGUUCACUGAGCCCCACCCACGCCCUGCAGGCUCAGAUGCCCCUGGUGCCCUCCUCCCACUGCACCCCCCCUCCUCCCUACCCCAUGGACAGCAGCAUCGCCAGCUUCCUUAUUCGGCUGGGCUGCGCAGGCUGCCUGGACUACUUCACAGCACAAGGCUUAAGCAACAUCUACCAGAUUGAGAACUAUAACAUGGAGGACCUGUCCCGGAUGAAGAUUCCCGCCGAGUACCAGCACUCCAUCUGGAAGGGCAUCAUGGAGCACCGGCAGGCCAUGGACUUCUCCCCCCCCCCCCACAUAGUGCGCACCACCAGCGGGGCGUCCACCGUCAGCAUGGGCUCCUCCGAGGCCCGAGGCGAGCGUGUGAUCGACGCCGUGCGCUUCACCCUCCGGCAGACCAUCAGCUUCCCGCCGCGUGACGAGUGGUCCGACUUCUCCUUCGACCUGGACUCCCGCCGCAACAAACAGCAGCGAAUCAAGGAGGAGGGGGAGUGAGGCGUUCAAAUCUCACCCCCAAAUCUCACCCCCAAUCUCACCAACCCCACGUCUGUCAUUUCACGCCUGCUGUACGAACAUUUCUCUGGGUCAGAGUGGUGCAGGGAUGACGUGAUUCUCUAGGCUCUAAACUGGUUCCCUCGCCAAUUGGAUUAUCCCCAAAAGAAUAAUCUCUGUGGCAAACACACGGCUAUAAUACUUAUACGCUUUGUUCAACUGGAUAAUCCACAUUUAUUAACACCACUUUAAUGAUUUUUGAAGCAUAAAUGCAAAGGUAAAAAGCUAACGUUAGGCUAUCAAGUAGCUACAGCGCGGUAGCAUGACUUGGCAGCUAAGCUAACGGCGGCUAAUCAGAAACAAGUUUAUUGCCAGGUACGUUUACAAAUAAAAGGAAUUUGCUGCACACAUAAACACAAUGUUUAUUUGUUAAAAUGUUUGGCAUAAUGACAUCAAGCAGUCUCGUUAGCCACUUGUUAGCACGGCCAUUUUUAAGACACACAAAAAGCUUCAUACAUUCACCAGAGGGAUAUCAACUGAUAAAUGUUAAGGCGUAGAACAAAACCUACAAAUAUCUACAGCUUGUGUUUACCACAGAUUUUAUUUCAGGCAUGUAAAAUCAAAAAAACUUCAAGACGAGGGAACCCACAAAUGCUGACUCAUUUCUGUGUUUUAGGACUCAUUCCUGCACCACUCUUAGUGCAAACAAAAAACCUGCAAAGGAACAAAAAUCACAUUCACAUAAAAGUGCACUUACUUUGCAUUUUUGUUCUCGUUAAAUCUCCGAGGAAAGCAACACGCGGCGUUGAGCGAGAGGUGCAUUUUAUUAUGUUCUAAUUUCUUGAGAGCACUUAAGAAAUGCUGAGGAUUUUCAAGCUUCAUUUUCUUUGUAUGAUUCAUUCCCAUUUAAGAGCUUGACUGGAAACCAAACUGGCAUUAGAGGGGAUUUAUAAGGGCUUUCUUUCUGCAGCGACUACGUGUAUUUGUAUUGUUUCUGGUUAUGCAGGUUAGACACUGGUUUUCAUUUUAAGUCAGCAUUGAUUGUAAACAUUUCAAACGUUUCCUGUCAGAAGUAUUAUGUCAAUUGAUGGGCGAUUUCGUGUUUCUGCUUCUAUAAUUUGCUCUUUUUUUUACGUCUAUUGUGAGAUCAGCUGUUUGUGAAGUAUGUGUUAAAGAGACAGAUGUAGCCACUUAUAGGCGUUUAUGCUCUUGACCCAGUGUUUUUACUAUGACUGAUGUCCUGCUGUGUUUCCGCCUGAUUUAAUGCACAAGUGGAUUAAAUCAGAGUUAUUUUUCUACGUAUGAACCAUUUUUUGGGGUUUAUUUCAUUUGAUAACUGGCCAAAACCUGAUAGAUGUAUAUAUAUUUGUAUAGUUCCUUUUUUUUUUAUAUAAAGUCUCCCUUAUUAAAAAAAGUAAUCAAGCAUAAUGAUGUGAAUAUAACUCAGUAAGAACAAAGUUUGUAUUGAUUCUCCGUCACCAGCCCUUUGUCUCAGUAGCCAGCAUUAUUAGAAAAAGCAGAGCGUUUUUUUCAUGUUUUUGUACAAUGUUUUGUAAAUAUGAUGCAAUAUACCACGGGUAUUUUGAUAUAAAUCUGAAAUAAAUAUCCAUACUUGCUGUAUCGCAUGUUGAAACUCCA